GGUAGCUUGCGUCACCUCGAGACACAUCUAGACGCAGCCACCAGACGCUUCUCCUCCCCAGUCUGCCUGACCUGUUGCUUAGGGACACGUCCCACGGCUUCUCCUGACGCCUGCCUGAUCGACCAUCACUUCCUAGAGAACAAGGAGGAAGGCCAACACAGGAAAUCAUGCCACCGACGGCCGGACAGCAAUGAGUGGGUGACGCCAAGUUGACGUCAAAGACAGAGAAGACAAAGCCCAAGAGCAGCUCAAAGUUGAGACUCCUUGCGGCACCAGCUCUUCCUCUCGGUGUGGCAUUAAGCCUGGCUCCUCCUGGUGAAGUCAUCUUGGCUUGAUAUAGUGUAAGUCUUCAGACCCUUGGACCGUAGACACCAUGGAGAGUCAGGUGUUCAGUGUUCAGCAAAUCCAACCCAACGUCAUUUCUGUCCGCCUCUUCAAGCGCAAGGUUGGGGGUCUGGGCUUCCUGGUGAAGGAGCGAGUGAGCAAGCCGCCCGUGAUCAUCUCUGACCUGAUUCGGGGGGGUGCUGCGGAGCAGAGCGGGCUCAUCCAGGCCGGCGACAUCAUCCUCGCAGUCAACGGCCAGCCUUUGGUGGACCUGAACUAUGACAGUGCCCUGGAGGUGCUCAGGGGCAUUGCCUCUGAGACACAUGUAGUCCUCAUUCUGAGGGGCCCUGAAGGCUUCACCACUCACCUGGAGACCACUUUCACCGGGGAUGGGACCCCCAAGACAAUCCGGGUAACACGGCCCUUGGGUCCCCCCACCACAGCUGUGGAUCUGUCUCACCAGUCAUCUGCCAGCAAAGAGCACACACUGGACGGGGCCACAGGUCCUGGCAAUGGGCCACAGCAUAUCCAAGACAGUGGCCAGCAAGCCAGCUCACUCUCGAAUACCAACAGCCUGGCUCCCAGACCCCCGAGCCAGGACUCUACCAAGAAGAGUACCGGGGUUGCUCUCCAGGACAGCCAGAACAAUGAAUUGCUCAAAGAGAUAGAGCCUGUGCUGAGUCUUCUUACCAGUGGAAACAAAGGGGUCAAUGGAGUGGGACCUUCCAAAGCAGAGACAAAAGAUGCAGAAGUCCAGGUGGACAGAGGUAUGGACAGCAAGUCACACAAACCACUGCCCCUUGGCGUGGAGAAUGACCGAGUCUUCAGUGACCUGUGGGGGAAGGGCCAUGUGCCUGUCAUCCUCAACAACCCGUAUUCAGAGAAGGAGCAGCCCCCUGCCUCGGGAAAACAGUCUCCCACAAAGAAUGGAAGCCCCUCCAAGUGCCCCCGCUUCCUCAAGGUCAAGAACUGGGAGACGGAUGUGGUUCUCACUGACACCCUCCACCUUAAGAGCACAUUGGAAACGGGAUGCACCGAGCACAUCUGUAUGGGCUCCAUCAUGCUCCCUUCUCAGCAAAUACGAAGGCCUGAAGACGUCCGCACAAAAGAGCAGCUCUUUCCUCUCGCCAAAGAGUUCAUUGAUCAGUAUUACUCGUCAAUUAAAAGAUCUGGCUCCAAGGCCCACACAGAGAGGCUGGAAGAGGUGAACAAAGAGAUCGAAACCACAGGCACCUACCAGCUCAAAGACACGGAGCUCAUCUAUGGGGCAAAGCACGCCUGGCGGAAUGCCUCCCGCUGCGUCGGCAGGAUCCAGUGGUCCAAGCUGCAGGUGUUCGAUGCCCGUGACUGCACCACAGCUCAUGGGAUGUUCAACUACAUCUGCAACCACAUCAAGUAUGCCACCAACAAAGGGAACCUCCGGUCUGCCAUCACCAUAUUUCCCCAGAGGACUGACGGCAAGCACGAUUUCCGAGUCUGGAACUCUCAGCUCAUCCGCUAUGCCGGCUACAAGCAGCCCGACGGUUCCAUCCUAGGGGACCCAGCCAACGUGGAAUUCACAGAGAUCUGCACACAGCAGGGCUGGAAACCCCCAAGAGGCCGCUUCGAUGUCCUGCCACUCCUGCUCCAGGCCAACGGCAACGACCCCGAGCUCUUCCAGAUUCCUCCAGAGCUGGUAUUGGAAGUACCCAUCAGGCACCCCAAGUUUGAGUGGUUCAAGGAUCUGGGCCUGAAGUGGUACGGCCUCCCCGCUGUGUCCAACAUGCUGCUGGAGAUCGGCGGCCUGGAGUUCAGCGCCUGUCCCUUCAGCGGCUGGUACAUGGGCACAGAGAUUGGCGUCCGCGACUACUGUGACAACUCUCGAUACAACAUCCUGGAGGAAGUGGCCAAGAAGAUGAACUUGGACAUGAGGAAGACAUCCUCCCUGUGGAAGGACCAGGCACUGGUGGAAAUUAACAUUGCUGUCCUCUAUAGCUUCCAGAGUGACAAAGUGACCAUCGUUGACCACCACUCUGCCACCGAGUCCUUCAUUAAGCACAUGGAGAAUGAAUACCGCUGCCGAGGGGGCUGCCCUGCUGACUGGGUGUGGAUUGUGCCCCCCAUGUCUGGCAGCAUCACCCCUGUCUUCCACCAGGAGAUGCUCAACUACCGGCUUACCCCCUCCUUCGAAUACCAGCCGGAGCCUUGGAACACCCAUGUCUGGAAAGGUACCAAUGGGACUCCCACAAAGCGGCGAGCCAUCGGUUUCAAGAAGCUGGCAGAAGCCGUCAAGUUCUCGGCCAAGCUCAUGGGGCAGGCAAUGGCCAAGAGGGUCAAGGCGACCAUCCUUUAUGCCACUGAGACGGGCAAGUCACAGGCCUAUGCUAAAACCUUGUGUGAGAUCUUCAAACAUGCUUUUGAUGCCAAGGUGAUGUCCAUGGAAGAAUAUGACAUUGUACACCUGGAGCAUGAAACUCUGGUCCUGGUGGUUACCAGCACUUUUGGCAAUGGAGAUCCACCUGAGAAUGGGGAGAAAUUCGGCUGUGCUUUGAUGGAAAUGAGGCAUCCCAACUCUGUGCAUGAGGAAAGGAAGUACCCGGAACCCUUGCGUUUCUUUCCCCGUAAAGGGCCUCCCCUCCCCCAAGGUGACACAGAAGUCCAUGGUCUGGCUGCAGUUCGUGACAGCCAGCAGAGGAGCUACAAAGUCCGGUUCAAUAGUGUUUCCUCAUAUUCUGAUUCUCAUAAGUCAUCAGGUGAUGGGCCAGACCUCAGAGACAACUUUGAGAGUGCUGGACCCCUGGCAAAUGUGAGGUUCUCUGUGUUUGGCCUUGGCUCCCGGGCUUACCCUCACUUUUGCGCCUUUGGACAUGCUGUGGACACCCUCCUGGAGGAGCUGGGAGGAGAGAGAAUCCUGAAGAUGAGGGAAGGGGAUGAGCUCUGUGGACAGGAAGAGGCUUUCAGGACUUGGGCCAAGAAGGUCUUCAAGGCAGCCUGUGAUGUGUUCUGCGUGGGAGAUGAUGUCAACAUUGAAAAGGCCAACAACUCCCUCAUCAGCAAUGACCGCAGCUGGAAGAGAAACAAGUUCCGCCUCACCUAUGUGGCCGAAGCUCCAGAACUUACACAGGGUCUAUCCAACGUCCACAAAAAGCGGGUCUCAGCCGCUCGACUCCUCAGCCGUCAAAACCUUCAGAGCCCUAAAUCCAGCCGAUCAACCAUCUUCGUGCGUCUGCACACCAAUGGGAAUCAGGAGCUGCAGUACCAACCUGGGGACCACCUGGGUGUCUUCCCUGGCAACCGCGAGGACCUUGUGAAUGCUCUGAUCGAGCGGCUGGAGGAUGCACCCCCCGUCAACCAGCUGGUGAAGGUGGAGCUACUGGAGGAGCGCAACACGGCUCUGGGAGUUAUCAGUAACUGGACGGAUGAGCACCGCCUCCCACCCUGCACCAUCUUCCAGGCCUUCAAGUACUACCUGGACAUCACCACGCCGCCAACGCCACUGCAGCUGCAACAGUUUGCCUCCCUGGCCACCAGCGAGAAAGAGAAGCAGCGUCUCCUGGUCCUCAGCAAGGGUUUACAGGAGUACGAGGAAUGGAAAUGGGGUAAGAACCCCACCAUCGUGGAGGUGCUGGAGGAGUUCCCGUCCAUCCAGAUGCCUUCCACCCUGCUCCUAACCCAGCUGUCGCUGCUGCAGCCCCGCUACUAUUCCAUCAGCUCCUCCCCAGACAUGUAUCCAGAUGAGGUGCACCUCACCGUGGCCAUUGUCUCCUAUCGCACCGGAGAUGGAGAAGGACCAAUUCACCACGGCGUGUGCUCCUCCUGGCUCAACCGGAUACAGGCUGACGAAGUGGUCCCAUGUUUCGUGAGAGGAGCACCCAGCUUCCACCUGCCCCGAAAUCCCCAAGUGCCCUGUAUCCUCAUUGGCCCAGGCACUGGCAUCGCCCCUUUCCGAAGCUUCUGGCAGCAGCGGCAAUUUGAUAUCCAACACAAAGGAAUGAGUCCGUGCCCCAUGGUCCUGGUGUUCGGGUGCCGGCAGUCCAAGAUAGACCACAUCUACAGGGAGGAGACUCUACAGGCCAAGAACAAGGGGGUCUUCAGAGAACUGUACACGGCCUACUCCCGGGAGCCAGACAAACCAAAGAAGUAUGUGCAGGACAUCCUGCAGGAGCAGCUAGCAGAACCUGUGUACCGAGCCCUGAAGGAGCAAGGGGGCCACAUCUAUGUCUGCGGGGACGUCACCAUGGCCGCCGAUGUCCUCAAAGCCAUCCAGCGCAUCAUGACCCAGCAGGGGAAACUCUCCGUAGAGGACGCAGGCGUGUUCAUCAGCAGGCUGAGGGAUGACAACCGGUACCAUGAGGAUAUUUUCGGGGUCACCCUUCGAACGUAUGAAGUGACCAACCGCCUUAGAUCUGAAUCCAUUGCCUUCAUUGAAGAGAGCAAAAAAGACACCGAUGAGGUUUUCAGCUCCUAAUUGGAUCCUCUUGCCCAGACGACUGGCAGGGGGGCCGUCCCAUGCGCCCCGGCGGGACGGCUGCAGGUUUUAUAAGUGUGGACACUGCUGAACCUUCCCUAUGGGACCCCAUGUGGCCCCCAGCUGUCCUUCUCGUCCUGUCGCUGUGGUUUUUCCUCUUCUGGGUCCUCGCCCCUCAGUGAUUUCCUUGGCCCCCUUGGGUUUUCUCCUUGAGUUUUCCUGCUGCAAUGCAAUGCCUUUAUAAUCCACAGUGGCUCUUACAAAACUAAUUCCCCCUCACCCUCUUCCCAACAAGGGCAAAUCACCGGUGCAUGAAAUCACUGGAACAUGGCCGUUGCUCGUGUUAGGGCUUGUUUUCUGGGAGAAGGCUGCAGGGACUGGUCAGGAGAGUCUUCUGAGCCAGUCUAUCUGCCGCUGAAGCCUCCCUUUAUCCUUUUUUAUGAUGACGUCCUGAUCGCGUGCACGCAUGUGUGUGUGGGUGUGUGUGCACAGGUGUGCGUGCGUGUGACAGGCCUGGGCCUCCGUCUGCCUGUGUAAGUGUGUUCCCUGCAGACUCUCAGUGCCAGGAACCGUGCCCUAGCUCUUCACGCGUCCAUAAUUAAUAUCUAUGCUCGUCGUGUCCCUGAAACACUUGUCCUGGUUACAAAGGGCAGGGCAAGGCCAGCGUGAUGAUUAAGGAGGGAGCCUCCAUCAAAAGGGGGCUCACAGAAUUGCUUGCAUUUAGAUUCUGGCACCGGUUAGCAGAGCCCUCGCUGGGAAACUAACCCGUCUGGUGGAUUAAGCACACCUCCUCUGCAACCCUAACCCUGCCCCAGAUGGGAUCACCUGAUUUGGCCCUCCCCAGACAGUCCCACCCAGAACACCGGAGAAGUAAUCUCCAAGAGAGUAUGUGGGAAAUAAGAAUUGUCCCAUCUUUGCCACCGGGUGACUUCGGACAGGUUACUUUACCUCAGUUUCCCCUCGUGAUGUGAUGAAGCUAAAACAGUUGGAAGAGAUCAGAUUUUUAAAGUGGUAGAGACUGGAAACAAUAUCAAGGAAGAGUAUCAUUGCUAUUUUUUUAUUGCCCCAAAUGCCCCAAAGACUCACCCUUCUACCCUAGGAAGGAAAUAAUAGAAGCCGCUAACGCGGAUAGGUUGGAGAAGGAAGCCACCAUGAGGCACCAACAGGGCUUCUUUUACAGGACCACAACGCACGGUGGCCUGGUCCUCAUGCCCUUGGCCUUCUAAAAGUGAUCCCCCAAGUCUCUAGCCUGAUCAAAUAAUUUUGACAAAUAAAUUGAGCCUUGACUCCCAUCCAAAAUGAGCAUCACAGUCUUGUCUUCAGUGACAAUCAGCCAGUUGCAGUUUGUCCUCAGCAGGUUGCCUGUCCGAAUGAAUGAGCUGGGAGGGUCCCUCUCUACCUGGAAGUGCUCAGAAUCAGUGACAGGCCUGGAGGGAGCCACAAAAUUCCUGGAGGGGCCUGCCCUGCCCCCCCUCCACCCCCAGGGUAAAGGAGAAGCCUUCCUGGAGGGGAAGCCUGCCACCCUGUAUGUUCUUCUGUUCUGUUGCAUUAUGUUUUGUCCUACAGAGAGACACAUUGCCUUUCUAUAUGGCACAAUGGGUAUUUCCUGAUGCUCCGUUUAGGAGGCUGCCAAAGAGAAAGGGCACUGGCCCUCUCUGGAAGGGCCUUGGGACACAGGGUGCCAAAGAGGUGUCCCCAGGAGGAGACAACCUCCAAGAUUCCUAAAGGCAAAGGACAAGCUAGACAUGGCCUUUCUUCUCCACCCUCUGGGGCAGCCCCCCUCCCUCUUGGGAUUUUGGGAUCCCAUUCCCUACCCCCCAACGCUGAGCUGUUUUCCCUGUUACCACGUCUGCACUUCCUGUGUGCCAAGCACCUUCUUCAUGCAUCCCUGCCCCUAGUAGCAGGCUGGCGCUUGGAAACUCAUCUUGUCUAUCCGACACAGCGAUUAUAGAACCUGGAUGCAUCCUUCUUCCCGAGAAGGAUUUUUUGUUUUUAAGGUAAACACCUUUCAACCCCCAUCACAAGCCACUUCCGGACUCCCCGCUGGAAGAUUCUGGUCUGAUGUAUUUCUCUCAUUUGCCAGAAUCCCUGUUAUGAACAGCCUCCCUGUAAGGAGCCUAUCAAAGGGGCAGAGUGUGAAAUCUUGAUUUAGGGGUUAGCUCUGAUCCAGAGUGGGUCAAUGCUGCCCUCUGGUGGUGGUUUUUUACGUCAGUUCCCAGUAGCCAAAUCUGGCACAAAAAUUGGUUUCACAACAAGUGGGCAGAAAAGUAGGAUUGAUUGGGCAUUUGGGGGUUACCUAGAUUACAGACCUUUUUGUCCAUCUUCCCCCAGGACUGGCCUGCAGUGGCUCCAACUCCAUUUAACAAAAGUGAGUUUGGCCAGAAGGAAGGAGACAUCCCCUAAAAUGGGGAAAAGCUGAAAUGGCCAUGCCCCCCACCCCAUCAUUACUAGGAAACCAAUUGCCCCACCUUGUGUUACAAAAGGAGCAGAGGUCAUUAAACUCCCUGAGAGGAGGAGGAUUUUCCCGCUUGGUUUCUAAGGAGGGAGAUGGCCAGAUAUCCUUUCCAUUCAGGGAAAUGCUUCAGAUCCACCAAAGUGGAGCCUUUGGAAGCAGCCCUGCAUCCAAAUGCUAACUCUUGCGCUCCCCACUUCCCAUUUCUGCAGACAGCCCUGGGCUGGCGACUUAACCUUCCCAUGUCUCUAUAUCCCCUUAUAGAACAAAGCGGGUUAAAUGAGAUAAUGCCCAAAAAAUAGCCAGGUCCUGGCCCACUGAAGCUUUCAAAUUUUAUUUUUCCAUAUCAUCAAUACCUGUAUGCAGAAGUCACAGCGGAGCGUACGGUUUGUAAAGAUGAUUGGAAUCUCGUAUGUAGACACACAAUUCUUAGAAUUGCCAUAAAUGUCUGGGAUUUGAGAAAUGGGUGGAUUCCACCUACAGGUUUAGGGAGAUAAGAUAUCCAGGAAGUAGGAAGAGUGGGAGGAAAGGCGCAGGUGGGAGUGUGUUGUAGUAAAUCGAGGCUGGCUUCAGGCACAGCUUUGGAAGGCUGAGGAUGAUGAGCCAGAUGCUGGGAAGGUGAGCAAGGACCAGGUGGUAGGGACAGGUGAGCACAUGUCAAGGAAUUUGGACUAUUUGGUAGGCAGCAGGGGAUCCCUAGGAAUGUUUUUCAAACAGGAAAAGUAAGGUAAUUGGAGUUGUGCUUGGAAAAGAAUAUUCUGGCUGCAGCACAGAGCCUGGACAGCUGGUCUGCUGAUCUGUAGACUAUUGCAGUAACCAAGGCUGGAAGGAGGGAAAAGGCAGAUGUAGUGAUACAGUGACUCCAGGGGCUGAUCAGCAAGACCUGGAGACCUGUCUGUUGUGGAGAAGGAAAACAAAUGAAAAAGUCAAGAGUCUUACCUCUAGGCAGAGAAAGGAGUCUCAUGAGAAAAAGCAGCCUCAGGGAAAGAUGAGUUUGCAGUUGUUGACAUGAUAGCCAGCUUACCCACCAGCCAACAGGGUGCAUCCUUCCAAGGUCCAGCCAUGCCUAGAUGCACAGAAAGAAAACUGACCCCAGGCCAAUUAGACAUUGGCCUUAGAAUAUAGGAUUCUCUUGCCAAACACAUUCUCAGCAGCCACCUGCUUUGGACUUACAAAAGGAGGUCAGGUUUUGCCCUAAGUCCAAAACAAGUGAGAUUUUCUGACCCAGAUCACAGGCAAACUGUCUCUCUGCCAGGAUGGGCAAGCCAGAUGUCUGGGCCCUUCCACCGCUAGAGCGCUGACCACUCAUGCCUUCGGGAGAACUGUGGGGUUAAGAUUUUGUGUUAAACUCACCAUUAACUUGUAUAUUUACAUCUCCACUGCCCUGACCUCCAGCAUGUCGCCACCUUACGAGCAAAGCCUUCUGUUUGAAUUGGCAGGUUAAUCUGAGACUUCCUGCAGGUGACAAGGAGAAAGAAAUAUUCAUCCAGGCAUCCUGUAUGACUUGUGUGUACUCCUUGAUGUCUCCCAGCCCUUGUCAAGUUUCCUGCAUCCAAAUGUCCUGUUUGGCUUAAGAAUUAUAGACCAGGGGCUGGGAUGAUGGAAGAUAGAUCUGAGAGUCCCUGCCCCCCAGAACUCAACACAGAUGGUCCCCACGAACCUGAAUCUGACCUUUGGAGGCUGACACCAGCCUGGUCUCUCCUAUUUCUGUCAUAUGUACCUGUCCACCCCAGGUUUCCACCUAGUGGCCAAAGCUGCCUCUCCCCAAACCCUGAGGAGUCUCAAACCUACUUGAGGACCUAAGUAAACUCUCACCCCCGGAACAUGGGUGGGUCUUGAGUCGAUUCUCUAUUAAUAUCUGUCAAAACCACAUGCAAGGGAGGAGGUCAGGGUUAAAUAUACCUUUGUUUGUUUACGAGUUUGUCUUGUCCUGGAAGAUCUGAACGGUUCUGAAGAAGCAAAGCAUGUCUGUCUGGUCCAGGACAGAGACUGUUCUGAAGGAGGUGGCCCUGGCAUGCAGGAGCAAAUCUGCCUUAAAAUGCUGCUUUCCAUAGUCUUCUAGAAAAUGAGUCCAGGACAUCCAAGUGCCCAGACUUGACUCUGGUCCAGGGUCAGCCAAUCUUUGUACUAUUGGCAUUUGGGGCUGGAGAAUUCUUUGUGCUGGAGGCUGCCCUGUGCAUUGUAUGCAGGAUGUUGAAUGGCAUCCCUGGCGACCACUCACCAGAAGCCAGUAGCAGUCCCCCUACCCCCACCAAAUGUGACACCCCCACCAAAUGUGACAACCAAAUAGGUCUUCAGGCAUUGUCAGAUGUCCCCAGGGGGCAAAAGAAUCUCUCCUGGCUGCCCCAGACCUUUGCAUCAGGGAACUUCUGGAGUCAGUGAAGCAGCCCUCAGCCCGAUGGCUUUGUUUCCAUUAUCUGAGACUCCAAGGAUUGGUGGGGGAUGGGGGGGCGAGGGGGGGAGGGUGAAAAAGUGGUUUCACAAAUUCCCUCCCAAGACAGAAGGAUGACGGUUUUAUUUUGGCAAGAUGCUGUGCCCUUGGCAUCGCUUUAAUUAUGACCCAGAGAGGCCCGAUGCCAUGCACCCUGCCUCCACCCUGUUUUCCUUAUGUCGUGCUGUCUUGUGAUCAUAGGACCACUCAGGGCUCAGCAGUGGUUUCCUGGAAGGCAGAGAGAGAGAGAGAGAACAUGCAGGUGGCCGCCCCUCCAUGCUGUACCAGUGGGUUUCCAUUCGGGGUUGAGGAGCCGGGGAGGUGGGCAGACCGGGUGUCGCAUGUCACCACACACACGCUGUCAGAAACUCGGACGUCCCCCUACCUCUGAGCUCUCGAUGCUGCUAAUGUCUGCCUAGUGUCCCGUGCGCUCUGGCACCUUCCUCCGAGGACCGAUGCCCGCCCCAACGCUCCUCGCGAGGUUGUCCAAGCUGUGUUCACCGCAUGCUCUCCUUCUGCAUUGUCCUCAUCUUCUAACUUGAUGGAAUUCAACAAAAGUCUAAUUAUGCCUGUUUGCAUUAUGGUUACAAUAUUAAAAAGUGGAGUUGACUUCA